AUGAAAAGACAUAGUAUUGGGAAACGAUUUCGUAAAUUGAAAGGAUUACGUAAAGCAGAUCCUAAUGCUGUUAUUCCAGAAACUCCUAAAUAACUAUAAGAUUAUAUAGAAACUUUAACUGCUUAAGGUGUUUAUAUAAAUAAAGUUAAGUAUGCAAUAUUUUAAACUAAAAAUGGUUUAAAAUAUCCAGGUCUCAUUGGUAUUUAAAUGAUUUCAUAAUUUAGCAUCUGAGAAAAUUUUAUCAAAUGAAACACUAGUUUCAGUGCCAAAAGAUUUAUUAUUAACAACAAGACAUGCAUUUGAAUCACCUUUAAAACAAAUGUUUUUAGACCAUCCAUAAUACUUUAGUAAUUAAUUCUACCCUUCUUGGGAAGAUCAUUAAUUAAUGGCAUUUAUUCUAUAUGAAUAUUAGAGAGGACCUGAAUCUGAAUGGCAUCUACUAAUCUCUAAUUUACCUAGAGAUAUUGAUUAUCUAGUUUUUUGGAGUCAUGAAGAAUAAGAUUUAUUAGAUGAUGAACCAUUAGUUAAAUUGGCUAGAAAAUAAUAUUAAGAAUUUUUAAUUGAAUUUGAAACUCUCAAAUGUAUAACUGAUAAAUAUCCUCAACUCUUUAAACCAGAAACUGUAACCUUAGAGAAUGCUAGAUGGGUCUAUACUCAUUUAGUUACAAGAUGUUUUGGUAAGUAUUUAGCAUAUGUAACUAUGGUUCCAUUUUGUGAAUUAUUUAAUCAUGAAUGUACAGAUGUAUUCUAUGAUUUUGAAUACAAUGCUGAUAAUCCUCAUAAAAGUGAAGAGAGUGAAUAAGCUUAAGUGAAAGAAUUGAAAGAAGAUGAAGAAUUAUCAGUUACAUCUUCAGAGGGUUCAUAUCAUUCUGAAGAUGAGAUUAGUGAUUCUGAAUAUGUGAUAGAAACAUAUGAAUAAUAUAAAGAGUUUGAUUUUGAUGAAUUUAGUGAAUAAUCUACUAAGAAGUUUUAUGAAGAAUUUAGCAAAAUUUUGGAUAUUAAAUAAUAAUAAAAUGAAGAAUAAGAAUAAAUUAAUUAAGUUUUAGAUAAUUAAUAAGAUGAAGAAUUAUAGAAUAAAAAAAUGAAAGAUUUACAAGAAUAAUAAAUAAAAAUGAAGAAAGAUUUUAAUAUUAAAUUAAAUCUUCAGAGAGAAGUAUUUCUAUUAUCUAGAGAUUGCAAGACAUUUAUAUUUUAAAAUAUAGAUUAUGGAGAUAAUUAUUCAAUCUUUUUUAUUGGAUAGAUGUUUUCUAAAUUAGAUAAAUCAAUCUAAGAAUAUAUUAAUGGAGGAAAAGCAUAUUUUAUGGCUAGAGAAGAAGUUAAAAGAAUUUAAUUAACCUCUAAUACCUAUAAAAAUAAUUUGUAUGCUUUUCAAAAAGAUAUUAUGAAAAAACCAAUUUAUCAAAAUAAUUAUUUUUAAUAAAAAAGAUCGAAAAGUUAAAAUUCAACUUUGGAUAAUGCUGAAUAAAUUUUAUCUUAACCUUUAGAUCCUGAAUGUGAGUAUUAUAAACCAGUAUGGGAAAAAGAUAAAUUUGAUAGAUUUGUAAUGAAAGCUGCUAGUAAAGAUUAAUUUGAGAAAGGAGCAUAGGUUUAUUUUUGUUAUGGCAGAUUAUCUAAUAGAAUGAUGCUUAUGAGAUAUGGAAUGUCAUUAGAAUAUAAUAAAUAUGAUCAUGCACAUUUAAGAAUAGAAUAUUUGAAAUAUAUAUAAAGUAAUGAAGCAAUUUGGUUAGUCCAUAAAUAUCAAUUAAGUAAAUACAAAAGAUUUAAAUUAAAACAUUCUACUUUUCCUAUAGAUUUAAUUGUAUUUUGUAAAUCAAUAUAUUGGUAUCUAUAUUCUAUAUAUAUUAUAUAGGACUUUUAAUGUACAUUCUUUAGAUACUUUUUUCAAGAUCUAAGAUCUAAAAUUAGAAAGAAGAGCAUUAUAAUUAGCAUUAGAGAUUUUGAUUGAAGAAAUCUAGAAAUUUUAAGAUAAAUUAGAAGAUAAUGAAAAACUAUUGUAUGAUAAUACAUUAGGAUAUCAUGAAUAUUUUGCAGUAAUUUAUAGAUUGGAAAGAUAAAGAAUUUAUCAUCAUAAUAUUAAGUAAUUUUAGUAUAUUAAAUAUAGUCUAAUUAAAAUUUGUAUUGUUGUUAUAGAUAGAAUGUUAGAUGGAGUACCAUUUGAAUAAGCCACUGAAAAAACAUAAUUUGAUUAUGAAUAUUGUGAAACCAAUCGUAUAAUCUUAAAGAAAUAUUUUGAACAGAUGAGAUAUGCUCUUUAUUUACCAAAAUGA